CCUCUUCGGGCUUCUUCAACGCCUGUUCAUGCAGAACAGGUCGCUAAGAUGACUACAAAAAGACUAGAAGAUGAAGCUUCCCAACCGAGUUCUUUGCCAGUCAGACCAUAUACAGAAGCGUUGAUGCUCCUACAAUCACUUAGAAAGUGGACGCCUAGGAAUCUUGAGGUUACCAGACUGAGUUUAAUUGAUAAUGCUUCGCAUGGAUUUUGCAGCUUUCGAAAGAUCUGCUGUGUUUCUAUACCAUCCAAGCAGAGAAAAUCUCGUCAUGGGCCCCAAUAUCCCGGAUGGUACUCCUUUCAGCCGCCUAUUCGCCCACUUUAACCGAGUCCUUCUACGACAAAAUACGUCAAAAUUCCUUGUUAGUUGUUCAAGCCUCCUUAUGAGACUUGUGGCAAUCAUAUCUGGUUUUGAAGCUGCUGGAAAUUUAUGCAAGGAUACGCUUCAAUAUUCCAGAUCUAUUAGCACGUGGGAUACUUCGGACUCACGGUGCUUAUGUGAAGUUCUGUGAAGGUCGAGCUAUAAGUAUCCCGCUUAUAAUCUUCUCAGUCAGUUCCUUGUUCCUUCCCUUUGACUUACACUCCGCUAUCUUCCUAUAUUGAGCUGAACAGGAUUGCUCGC